ACAGUGCCAUGAGGAUUUUGCUGUCCCGGCUGCCACGGCCAUGGAUUGUAGAUGAAAAGAAAGACGAUGGUUAUACCGCCCUCCAUCUUGCGGCUCUCAAUAACCAUGUAGAAGUUGCUGAACUCCUUGUCAACCAGGGUCGAGCUAAUCUAGAUAUUCAGAAUGUCAACCAGCAAUCGGCUCUUCAUUUGGCCGUUGAGCGUCAACACACACAGAUUGUCAGACUGCUGGUGCGAGCCGGGUCUAAGCUUGAUCUCCCGGACAAAGAUGGAGACACACCCCUCCACGAGGCGCUACGUCAUCACACCCUCUCGCAACUCAGACAACUGCAGGACAUGCAGGAUGUUGGCAAGCUCUUAAUGGGUCUAGGAACUCAGUCUGGUGACAAGAAGAGCAGUGCAUCCAUUGCGUGCUUCCUUGCGGCGAACGGAGCAGACCUGAACGUCAAGAACAAGAAGGGCCAGUCCCCGAUGGACCUGUGCCCGGAUCCAAACCUCUGCAGGGCGUUGGCCAAAUGUCACAAGGAGAAGCACAGCCAAUCCAACCUGUUAAUGGAUGGCACAGAUGGCGGCGAACAGGAAUCGUUGGAGGAAUGCAUGGUGUGUUCAGACAUGAAACGGGAUACGUUGUUCGGUCCGUGUGGACACAUUGCCACCUGCUCACUCUGCUCACCGAGGGUCAAGAAGUGUCUGAUCUGUAAAGAACCGGUCCAAUCCAGGACCAAGAUUGAGGAGUGUGUGGUGUGUUCAGACAAGAUGGCUUCCGUCUUAUUCCACCCUUGCAGUCACAUGUGUGCUUGUGAUGGUUGCGGAAGUUUGAUGAAGAAGUGUGUCCAGUGCCGUGCAGACAUUGAGAAGACUGUCCCGUUUGUGGUUUGCUGUGGAGGAAAGGCGCCACCUUCGUCACCUACAGCACCUUCUCCGCCAUCCAACGCUGCAGCUAGCAACACUACCGCCAACACUAACACCAACACCAAUCCAAGCACCGGGGGUGCCAACAUUGCGAUGUCAUCCAGUCAGAAGCCGGUCAAGAUGAACAAUACUAACCUGGAGGUCACCAAGCUCAAGCAGCAGCUACAGGACAUCAAAGAACAGACCGUUUGUCCUGUGUGCUUGGAUCGUAUCAAGAACAUGAUCUUCCUCUGCGGCCAUGGUACUUGCCAGCUCUGUGGUGACCGGAUGUCCGAGUGCCCGAUCUGUAGAAAACCUGUGGAAAAAAGAAUUCUACUCUAUUAAAAUCAACUGCAUGUGA